CACAAGAGCUGAUCGAGCUCAUUUGCGAAUUCAACCGCGACUACCCGCUGGUGCUCGCCACUUGCAUGCACGUAUGCUGCGCUUGGUACCACACCGCAAGUCACGUGCUAGGGAUGCCGAGUCCAGUUUCCGGCGCCCUAUCGUUGCGAACCCAAGCAGACUUACGCAGCUACGCACACAGGCUUCUGUCUGCCCGUAAAUCCGAUUAUAGCAAAAGAUUCAAGAAAAUGGAUGUCUAUGACAAUCCUCGCAAGCCGUUUGUUCACGUCUGGCCGAUACACAUCCCUGGAGGCUUCUUACCGAGGAUGACACGGCUACGGCUUCAUGGCAUCGACUGGACGAACACCAAUCGAAACGGUGUCUUCUAUAAAUACCUUUCCUCGUACUCCAGUGUCUUGUACCUGUCCAUGGAUCGCUGCUCAUUUCGCACCGGAAGGGAGUUCCGCCGAAUAAUCGAUGCACUGCCAAGUCUCGCAGACCUAUCAUUGUCGAACAUCACGCUGCAAUAUCCUCCCAUUCCAGAACCUGUUCCAUCUCUUGUCACCGCACGCUACAAGAAACUCAAGGCAAUUACGGCUGACGAGCCGGAUUCCCUACCAUCAAGCAUUCACGAUUCAGGGCACGGCGAGGCAGUUUCUAUGGCGGGAGCGCUGGACAUGUGCGCCGUGUAUUCAUCUAUCUCCGAGCUCCACCUGGACUUAUCAUACUUCCCUUCGGUGCCGAGUCUGCUGAAACGUCUCCUUCAUUUCCCCCAAUUGCACGAUUUGCAGAUGAACGGUGCGUUUCAGCCGGACCAAGGGAUCGGACACGCAGACACCGAUGCAUCACACGUGGAAUACACACUUCCCCGCGGUUUGUUGCUUUUGAGGAUUGGCGAAUCAAGUGCACUACAGCUUCUGCGACUGCUGUCCACCUCUCAUGCAUGCAGCAUCCUGGAGAACCUCCAUCUUCACCUCGAAUCCAGACCAUCAGCCGAAUUCGUCCUUUGUGUCACCGAUAUUCUGCGCCUGUGUGGUCCCAGGCUGAAACUCUUUGACUGGGAAGCCAAUGGAGAGGUUGUCCCGCAACUCAAAGCAAACAUGUCGCUGAAACGUCUGUAUGUCAUGUUGAACCACGUUACCCAGAGACUAUGGAAGAUCCAAAGGAUACUCAAUACAGUGUUAUCCGACAUCACAAGCACACGACUGGAAGAGGUGUGGAUCGACAUUUGUUUAGAUUCACUCGAGCAAGCCCAGACGGCGAUCACGGAGACAUUCGAGCGCGCGAAUACUCCGGACUCUACCUUCGCUUUCCACUCGAUUCUCUCCCGCAGCAUCUUCGCCAGCCUUCCCUAUGUUGGUGGUCACCAAGGGGUACACAUUAAAGUGUCCUUCACCACAGACGAGCUACCAUGGAGUAUUCCAGGUCGCAAGCGCAAGUUGUUCAUGUUGGCAAUCAAAUUCCAUAUGCUCGCUCUCUUCGCGCCGUGGUUGGAUCGUGGAGUAUUGGAACUCAGGUUCUGGCCAGACCCUGACGGCGAAGAAUAAGUCCGUCGUGCACCCAUGAAAGCACGCCCCGCCGAGAAGACAACACGGCGUGAUGAUGCACUUGUCUCAGAAGACGGACCUACGGAGAUCGGAGCGAACGGGCUAGGAAAGUCGACAUAGGACGAGGACACGGACGAGCUGAGCUGGACGAGGUGGUGGAGACGGGUACGACUCGGAGCCGGGACGCACUGGCAGUUCGGGUACGCAGAACCAGUCCGAUGAUAGCAUACUCUUUGACUCUGUGUUUGUAUUCUUGUUCUCGUCGACUCGGACUACGCUGGCUCCUCGAAGGAACGAGCGGAUCUAGUUAUUUACCUUUCGUGAUGAUAUCGGGAGGCGAGUCAAAGGUAGUCGAAACAUGUACAAAUACGCCGCUCGGGGAUACCGACCACUCGCGGAUACUACGCUUUAUCUUGACCUCACA